AUGCUUUCUUCAACUUCUGGACACUCGUUCUAUGAAGUUGUUAGGAUAGCUAUGCAAGAACUAGGUAUUCCAUACAAAGAAAAUGACAAUGAUGCUAUUUGCGUUUGGUGGGAUACAAUAAAAGAUCAAGAUUAUUUUCGAUCGUUAACGCCAUGGCAAGUUGUCAACAGACUUCCAAACGUAAACAUAAUUUGCAGGAAAGCACCUUUCGUUCGAGCAGUUCAAAGAAUUCAAAAAUUUUUCCCGAGUAAUUUCACUUUUCUCCCUAAAAGUUAUAUUUUACCUCUUCAGAAAGAACCGUUUAUGUCCCAGGUUAAUAAACACAACAAGACUUACAUUGUAAAACCUGAUAAUGGCGCCCUUGGACAGGGAAUCGUAGUAAUAAAUCCAAGCGAUCAGUACCAAGUGACAAACCAUCUAUCAGUAGCUCAAGAAUACAAGAAUUCAUAUCUUAUUGAUGGAUAUAAAUUUGAUUUGAGAAUUUAUUGCUUAGUAAUUGCUGCAGAAAAGCCUGAAAUCUAUGUGUACCAUGAUGGCAUUGCAAGGUUUUGCUCAGCUCCAGCAAAUUCUGGCAACCAAUUCGGUCAAUUGACAAAUACUGCUGUAAAUAUCAAAAAUCCAUCUGUUACAGCAGAAUCAAUUACACAUAUAGUUUCAGAUGUAUUUGCAGAUCUCAAACGCAAAGGCGCUAAUAUCGAUAAGCUCUGGCUUGAUAUCGAAAAUGCGAUGGCGCUCACAGUUCUUUCUGCUGCUCCUUUCAUCAUGAAUGGAUCUAGAUAUCAAUGUCCAAUGAUCGGUUACCCCCGCUGCUUCCAACUUCUCGGUUUUGAUGUUUUAUUGGAUGAAAAUUUGAAACCAUGGAUAUUGGAAGUCAACUACAGACCAUCACUUGAGUACGGAACACAGGCAGAAAAGAAUCUAAAGAUAAAAAUGCUUAAAGAACUGAUGUCCAUCGCAUUUCCACACCAAAGCGCUGAAGAAGCCGUUAGACAAAUGAAGCAUCCAAUACAUAAUGACUCAUGGAAGAUUUAUAUCUCCAAACAUAAGAAUAUCGGAGAAGAUUCCCUAAAUAAAAGACAAAAUGCAGAAAGAAAUACAAAGUUUGUGCACGUAUUCCCUAAUCCUUCACCAGAAAGAAGCCAAUGGAAUGCAGUUUACGAACUUUCAAUGUCUCUUCCUUCUGAAAUUGGAAAUUGUUGGAAUCUUCCAAGAGAAAUACCUUCAACUUAUAAGCCAAUUAUGAUUAAUUGCCAACAGCAACAGUCAGAGCGAUCACCACAUUCAUCUAGCGAAAAUACUCCGAAAGAUAAGAAGGUAAACUCGAUAAUACAUAGUAAGAAGAUCAUCCAACCAAAGGUCAAAUCAAACCAACAAUCUUUCCAUAGGAAAUUAUAG